AUGCCCAUCAAGAAACGACAGGCGAUCAAUCCAGCAGUGGUCUUGGUCAGACCCUGCCCCAGAGUAGUGAGGCCUAAGCAUCACGUCAGCAAUCAGCAGAUAAGCGGGCUGACGGCCAGUGAACUCACCCCAGCAGAACAUGAACACGGCCAAAAUCUUAGGGCCAAACUUCUUGACGAGCAGGUUGGCGGGCAUGCCAAAGACGAUGUAGGCGACCGUGAAGAUGGUGACGGCGAUAUUGUAGUCAUUGCCCUUCAUGUGCAGCGACUUGGUCAUGCCCGCGAUCUUGGCGUUGCCGAUGUUGGAGCGGUCGAAGAAGGAGACCAGGAACAGCACCCAGAGGAUGGGCACGACGCGCAGGUCCAGCUUCCAGAGCAGCUUCUUCUCCAGGGCUGGGUCAAUUGGGGCCCGCGGGCUGUCGAGUUUGGAGGAGGAGGAGUCCAUGCCGGAGGAUUCCAGCACCAAGGGCUCAAUGCUGGCGGGUUUGUCGACGGAGGGAGCCAUGAUUGCAGAAAAAAAGAAAGUAUCAAGCGACAAUCACUCAAUGAUAGAUCAUAA